GCGGCGCUGGGGCACAUGCGCAGAGGCCAGUCCUCGCCCCGGCGCACGGCCCUUCGGAAGGGGGUGGCUCCGCCCCCUUCGCCUCAACCAAACGCGGCGCCCCCCUCCUCCCUCUCGGGCCGUGUCAAGCGGCGGCCACCAACGUGGAGAGCGGAAGCUGCCUCCCUGCGGCCGUCGCGUCGGGGCAGGCGCGCGCGGGGCUGCCGAGCCGCAGCCGUUAGGCGGUGCCGCUCGCGCUCUGCGGCCAGGCGCGGCGGGACCCGCGAGGCAGCGCCGCCGGCCGGCGCCAUCGCGAGGGCUCACCUGUUGGCUGCCGCCGCCCGCUGCUCCCUGCCCGCCCGCCUCCCCCACGCCGCGCCCGGCCCCGCCGCCGCCAUGGCCGAGACCGAGGAGAGGAGCCUCGACGACUUCUUCGCCAAGCGGGACAAGAAGAAGCGGAAGGAGAAGAGCAGCCGAGGGGCCGCCGCCUCCAGCGCCGCCGCCGCCGCCGCCUCCAACGCCGCAGCGGCCGCCACCGCCGCCGGGGGGCCCCGCCCGGCCGACGGCAGCGGCUCCGGCGCCGCCGCCUCCACCGCCGGCUCCGCCAAGACCAAGGAAGAGGAUGAUUGGAAGGAGUUUGAGCAAAAGGAAGAAAUUGAUUAUAGUGGUCUUAGAGUUCAGUCCAUGCAAAUAAGUGAAAAAGAAGAUGAUGAAAGUGAAAAAAGAGAAGAACCAGGUGACAACUGGGAGGAGGCUGGAGGUGGUGUAGACAAAUCAUCUGGUCCUUGGAACAAGUCAGCUCCUGCACCAGCACCUGUUGUUGAAACAACUGUUACAGAAGCCCCAGAACCAGUGCAAACUAGUGGUGUGUACAGGCCGCCUGGUGCCAGGGAGGGCAGGCCACGGAGAGCACAGCAAGGACCACCAGAAAUCUAUAGUGAUACGCAGUUUCCAUCGCUGCAGUCCACUGCCAAGCUUGUAGACAGUCGAAAGGAUAAAGAAAUGGAGAAGAGCUUUGAAGUAGUAAAACACAAAACUAGAGGUAGGGAUGAGGUCUCAAAAAACCAGGCACUUAAACUUCAGCUAGACAACCAGUAUGCUGUGCUUGGGGAUCAGUAGAGCUGCAUACACAUUACAAUUAAGGAAUGCUUUUUUGGUAACCCUUCUACUAAGGUAACUAAACUACAGCUAACGGCUAUGAUGAACAUGCCACCUUAUUUCUGCUGGAUCUACUGCAGCAAGUGCAGACUGCUUUGACGUAAGUGAUUGGUUCUCCUGCACUAUGGAAGCAUAAUAUGUUACAACUUCUCCAUUGGAUAUGGGGCAAGUUAAUGUAAAUGAUUGAACAAGAGUCAUCAGUGUUCUUUAAUUGCUGAGAAAGAUACCUACAGCCAGUGGUCAUUUCAAAAUCUUUUUAUGUUCAGAUACUGAGCCUUCGUAAAGGUUGACUACCUCAGACUUGCUGCACUCAUUGUGGACACCAUGUGGAUCACAACUUCUGGAAGAGAAGGUUACAGCUGUUUUAGUGGCCAUCUGAAACUUGAAACCAGCUCUACUGGAUUCCUGUCAGAAAUCCUGCAGAAGUCAGCCAUUUGGUUCCAAUUUGCUAUAACAAAGAUUUAAGUGACCUUAAUGAGAGAAACCUAUUCUGUUCCCCUUCUGAGGAAUCCUGUUAUGUGUAGCCAUAGCCUACUAGAGACUUCUGGAGCAUACCAUACCACUCAUACUAUCCAAGUAUAACACAGAGCUGUAGUUUGUUUACCUUUUUAGAUAGCUGUACUGAGGUAACUGCAAAACAAAUUAAAACUCAUUCAGAAUCAGAUUUGAGGAAUGAUGGGUUUGAAUGGUCUGUUCGAAUUAGCUAUUUUCACAGUUGUCUGUUUAACCAUUUUUCUAUUUCCCCACAAAAAAUGCCUUCCUUGUUUCUGGUAUCAAAUUGCAGCAUAUUUAAAUACCAAUGUGAGAUGUUAUAGUGAAAUAAGGUUUAUUUUGUUUUUUUGUCUUGAGGUUGGUCUUUCUCACCCUAAAGCACUAAGACAUAUAGAGCUUUGAUUUGACGCAGAGAUACCCAGACUCCGACUAUAGUGUUCAGAACUUACCUUUUUAAAAAUGCGAGAUACAUGGCAGUAGCAAUACUAGAUAAAAUUUCUCCUCUGUGAAAAAUACGUAUUUGUUUGAAGGACAGUGGUUACUUUAUGACCAAAAUGACUUUGUAUAAAGAAGGAUAACUAAAGCUUGGUAAGCCUUAUUUGUUUGGCUACUUCUGUGAAGCAUGCAGGCCGAGGCAGAAAUCCUCUAAAACUCCUAAAUGGUGUUUUUUCAAAGUCAGAAAUAUUAGUAAUAAUGGAAGGCAGUGACGACUUCAAGUUCUUCUCAUCUGUGACUUAAUCUAGUGGAAGUAGGCAAAAUGGCACUUAUAUACUAAGAGUAUAGGACAUCGCCCAUAGCUUUGACUCAGUGAACAAAACCUGACAAGUACCAAAAGUGUCGUGCUGUAACUAUUUUUCUCUUCUCUAAACUCUUACACCAGAAGCAAAAUGAAGUGGCGUGUUCCAGUGUUGAGGUUUCUCAGAGCAGAUGCCAAAAGAUAAGACUUGAGAUCUAUAAGAGUUGGCAAUGGCAAAAAAAACAAGGGAACAAAACAAAAUUUGCUUAUUUGUGUGGGAGUACUGUGUUUCUGUAGAAGAGGAGGAUAGUGUGGGAAUUGCAUAGUCGGGUUCCUUGUGACUAACUGCUGACUCGCUUUAAAUACGCUUCUCUGAGGCCAACAGGAAUUUUGCUGUUGACUUCAGUGGGCCUGGGGUUUCACCUGAUUCUUUGUGCACAGACUAAAACUGUCCUUGCCCUUGCAGAGUUAACUGUCUUUAAAACUUCUGCUAGAAGCUGCUAUUAAAUAGAGGGCUCAAGAGACUAUUCCUAAAGUUGGAGACUUCUUUUGGAAACAAAACCCCACUGAAAGACUGAUACCAAUACUGUUGGACUCUGAGCCAUGUAUCUUCCUUGAAAACAUAUUGUUGCCAGCAAAACUGUUGGUUUGUCAGUAAAGAUUUCUGUGGAAUUCAUGGUAAAUGGACAUGUCACUUGGUGAUGUAGUAGAAAUGUGAAAUCUUGAACACUUCCUGAUGUUUAAAGAGAUUGAAAUUGUCAAUGCACACGAAUCAAGUUUUAAUCUACUGUAUGAAGGGUAGAUGAGACUGUCCAUUGUACCUUCUUUAUUUGAGUUUUUGGGCAUGACUUCUGGCAGUUCAAGAAAACCCUGUAACAGUUGCAAAUCAAAUAAAAUGGAAAUAUACAUGGAUCCUGGAGUCUAAUGAAUCUUUACCUUUAGUUCUAGUUUAUGACCGUGCAACAGCUGAGCAAAUGCAGAGUAUUUGUAUCUCUUAGGGACAGACCAUGGAGUGGGUAGUCAGCCUUAUGGUCAGGUGAGCUGUUGAACAGCUUAUAGCAGUGCAUAUUAAUAUGACUUUUAUACAAGAACACAUAGUUUAUUACCAGUCAGCGUGUUUUCUUAGUACUGCAACUGUAUAAGACUGUUUUGAGUCUGAUUGUUUUGAAUAUGAAUGAAGCUUUGAUUUGCUUUUCACUUAAUGUAGCUCUGCUGAAUUAUAGGAUGGAAAAACUCUGGAGGGUUGCUGCUGUUCACUAGCUUUACAAGAGUCCAUCUGCUACUGAUAACUAGAGGUUGUGGGGGGCUUUGCUUACAUGUGUCAUUCCAGUUCCUUUUUGGAGCCAUAAAGGAAAAAAGCCUGAAAUGCAGCAGCUUUCCAUAGUACAGAAUGUCUUUCACAGGAAAGUGUUUUGGGGUUAAAUAUUGGUGCUAGCAACUAUUAAAAUACCAGUUGUCAGUACCUUCCUUGUGACAACUGAAUGUUCUGCAUGCCUGAAAUUUUGAAAAUGAGUAGUUUUUAGAAGCUCAGUGUGCUUUUGAGACUCUCAAAGUCCGACUUUAUCUGGGUGGUUGUUACAUUCAUUCGAGGCAUGCUAAGAAUGCCCAUUCCAUUCCUUUUAACAUGCUUGUUGAAGCCUCCUUCUAUAAAUGAAAGAUUGUCAACUUGUAGAGAUGAGAUUCUUGAUACCAGUCAAUAAAACAUAAUUCUGUGCCAUGUCAGGUGAAUUCCUAUCCUGUAAUAUACUUCUGUUUUUAUGGUGACUUAGUUAUUAAUUUUUGAUUUAAAGGUUCAGUAUUACUUUCUUUGGCCUCAGAUGCAAGUAUAGAUAUAAAAUUAUGAAGUUGUAAUAGAACGUCUAAGUGUCCAGAACUUACUAGAAAGGAACAAUUUGGAUGUGUGUCCUUGAUUGUAUAGUCUGUAUGUAAGAAACGUUAAAAUGCCAAAAACGAAGCAAUUGUUACAAAAUUGGACUUUCAGAAUGCCGGCUGUAGGAAUCUGGCAGAAAUUCAUGAUAAAUCUAGGAGAGCAUUAGGCUUUUUUCAUUGCUUUAGCUUUGUCAUGUUUAAUCUUGUCUGCAAGUGAAAAGGAAUUGACAACAAUGAUCCUCUCAUGCUACUUCAAUUUUUCCAAGUUUUCUUCUUUGUAGCUGGCUUUACCGUUCAUGUCAAUCACGUUCAAGGUAACUGUCUUCACAAAACUUAAGAAUAAAUGGCAUUUGUAUUAGA